AAAUAAAAUGUCAAGAUAGGCUCCAUCCUCUGCUUAAAAAGUAGAUCCCAAGAAGGCUCCUCCUCCUCCUCCACCUUAAAAAGGACCUAAAGUUUUUAAUGCUGAAGAUUAUGCUAAACCACCUCAUCUAACAAAGGAGGAAGUUUUGGAAGUAAAACAAGCAUUUGACAUUUUUGAUAAUGAUGGAUCUGGAUCAAUCGAUCCAUAAGAAUUAAGAGAAGCUUUUGAAGCUUCAGGAAUCAAAACCUACCACAAUAAAUUUAUUUAUUAAGUAUUGGGAGAAUUAGAUACUGAUAAUAGUGGAGGAAUUGAUUUUGAAGAAUUUUUGCAUUUAGCUACAGCAAAGGUUAGUGAUAAAGAUACUAGAGAGCAAAUCCAAAAAGUCUUUAAUCUGUAUGAUUGGAACAAGGAAGGUAAAAGUUAUUAAUAUUUUAAGGUCGCAUUACCUGGGAUGAAUUAAAAAGAGUAGCAUAAGAUUUAGGAGAAGAAAUGACAGAUGAAGAGAUCUAACAUAUGUUCAAAAAGGCAGAUUUAGAUGAUGAUGGUUUUGUUACUUUUGAUGAUUUUUACAAUUUAAUGACCCAAAAGGAAUACGGAAAAUAAUGAUAUCAGAUAAUGAUAAACAUAUAAAUAAAAAGUAUAUAUUACAUAUUAAUUAUUUAUUUGAAAAC